GGGGGGGCCCAGGACGAGGGGGGGGCCCAGCACUGCUCUGGGGCCUCCCUGCGCCUCAUUGCCUCCCUCUCCUGGCAGAGCAACCAGCGCGUGGACCUGUACAAGUGGAGGGACGGGGCUGGGGAAGUGGGCAGGUGGCUGCAGGGGCACACGCGCGUGGACCUGUACAAGUGGAGGGACGGGGCUGGGGAAGUGGAUGGAGCCUGGGGAGGACUAAGCCGCGUCUGGUUGCAGAAACCCGGCACCGCAGUGGAGUACCUGGCAGCGCAUCUCUCUAAAAUCCACGGCCUGGACUGGCACCCGGACAACGAGUACGUGCUGGCCACGUCCAGCCAGGACAACUCGGUCAGGUUCUGGGAUUACCGUCAGCCUCGCAAGUACCUCAACAUCCUCCCCUGCCAGGUUCCCGUCUGGAAGGCCCGAGCAGCCUGCCCUCCGCCCACAGCCAUGCAGGGCACCGGGUCUCCUCUGCGAGGGCUCUCGGCCGCCGGGGGCUCCAAGGACUCCCAGCUGGUCACGUGGUCGGCAAGCUGGGUCCCCCAGCGCAGGGAGGGGCAGGGGAGCGGUGAGACACGGGGGUCUGCUCCCCGGAGGGAGGUGCUGCGGUCUCGACCCCUCGGCGCGUCUCCCUUUCAGCUGUGCGCCACCGAUCUCCUGGACGGGGUGGAGGAGCUCAUGCACGGCCUUGCUCUCCUGCCCGAGCCGGAGAAGACCCUCCACGGCCAGGACUCGGAGCCGCCACCCAACGCCGGGCCGGGGGACGAGGAAGCUGCGAAGGGAGACUUCCAGAGCUAGGGGCUGCCGCAGACCCUGCAGCAGGAGUUUUCCCUGAUCAACGUGCAGAUCCGGAACGUCAACGUGGAGAUGGACGCGGUGAAUCGCAGCUGCACCGUGUCCGUGCACUGCGGCAGCCAGCGAGUCAAGCUGCGGGGGACGUUUCCUGUGCAGUACCCCAAUAACGGGCCGGGGGGCUGUGGUGUGGGGCCCCCAGGCGGGCAGGGUGACCUGGGGGCUCGUCUGUUUCAGAACCAGGAGGACAGCACCUCCAGCAACCCGUACGUGCUGCCGAGUGCCGUCACGCCGCCCCUGCCCACCUUUGCCCGGGUCUCCAACGCCUACGGCUCCUACCAGGACUCCAACAUCCCCUUCCCCCGCACCCCAGGAGCCAGGUUCUGUGGCGCAGGCUACCUGGUGUAUUUCACGCGGCCCAUGACGAUGCACCGCGCUGUCUCUCCGACGGAGCCCACGCCCAGAUCUCUGUCCGCUCUGUCGGCCUAUCACAGCGGCCUGAUCACGCCCAUGAAGAUGCGCACGGAGACCACGGCCACGGGCAGCCUCCCCCGCAGCGAGAAGGAGCAGGUCUCCAUCAGCUCCUUCUACUACAAGGAGAGGGUAAGGGCCGGCCUGGCGCACGAGUGGCUGGGCAGCGUCCUUCUGCCCGGGCGCAGCCGCCCUGAACCGUCCCUGGCGCCUGAGUGGAGGGUCUCUGCCCCCGCCCCCAGGGCAGCGAGUGGUGUGGGCCCGGUGCCCAUGCUCCAGCUCUGUCAGGGCCCUGGGGCACCGGCUCCCCCAGGGUCGGGCUGGGUGUCGCUUCUGUGUGCCCCCCGCCCCUCACCUGACCUGUGCCUGCGCUCCCUCGCUGGCUGCAAGCGAGCAGCACGGCCCCAAGCCCCGUUCCCACCCGGUGUCCCCAGCUCUUCGCAGUCUGCCUGGGACUUCCCUGGUUUGUCAGCUUUCCCUUUGCGCUCGCGGGUUGCUUGUGGAAACAUGUCUCUUCGCUCUGCCCGGCGGCGCUGGUCCAUCCAAGCGGCUACCGACGUCCCGCCCGGUGGCGGAGACCCGAAAGACGCUUGUACUUGGGCUUUCAGAGUGCUGGAGCUGGAGCCCUUUUACGGAACGCAGGGUGAGAUGAAGCCUGAGACAGGAAAGCGAGCAAGCGGAAAACGGCCAGUUUUCAACCAGGGAGAAGUUCCAGUGAGACGCUCCAAAGGGCCAGCCUUGGGCUCGGGCUGCGUGUCUGUGGUCGGGAAAGGCAGCGAGGCAGCGUACAGAAGCACGCUGACCAUAGCCGUGAGCACGAGAGUCCCGGCGGGCAGGGGGUCGGGAGAUGGGAUGCGUCUACGGAGGGAUCUCGUCCAGGUCUGGUCGCUGGCCACGGUGGCCACGGAUCUGUGUCUCGGGCCGAAGUCCGACCCCGAUUUGGAGACGCCCUGGGCCCAACACCCAUUUGGACGUCAGCUCCUGGAGUCGCUGCUGGCUCACUACUGUCAGCUCCACGACGUGCAGACCCUGGCCAUGCUCUGCAGUGUCUUCGAGGCCCAGUCCAGGCCGCAGGGGUGCGUGAGUCCCGCGGGGCCCUUCCCGCCGCGCUCCUCCACCGGGCUCUCCCACAGCCGAUACCCCAGCUUUGCCUCGUCGGGCUCCUGCUCCAGCAUGUCGGACCCGGGGCUCAACGCAGGAGGCUGGAACAUAGGUAUGGAGCGGCUGGGCCGGACAGGCAGGGGAGGUGGCUUCACUCACAGGCGUGUCCUAGGCCUCAGGUGGCUUUCGGGGAAGGGGGGGGAUACGGAAUUGCAGGCAGGGACGUCGACCCCGGCCGGGAAGAGGUUUUCGAGCGGCCUGGGCCGGAGUAGUGAUCGUGCGGGGUCGACGGUGGUACUGAGGCAUCCUGGGGGCAGAGGGGGAGAGCGCGAGUGGCCGCCCACGCUUCCACCUGGCAUUUGCGGCUCCCCUGGGCCUGUGGCGUGGCAUGCUCCCCACCCGCUCACCACACCCCACCCCUCCUUUGGCUUGGGCAGCAGCUGGUCUCCACACUGGGAGUGGGUGGAGCCCGUGACUCUGGUCUCCACACUGGGAGUGGGCGGAGCCGGUGACUCUGGUCUCCCCGCCAGGCUGCUGGACCCUGCCAACACUCAGCAGUUCGAUGACUUCAAGAAAUGCUACGGGGAAAUCCUGUAUCGCUGGGGCCUGCGGGAGAAACGGGCUGAAGUGCUGAAGUUCGUCUCCUGCCCCCCCGACCCGCACAAGGGAAUCGAGUUCGGGGUGUACUGCAGUCACUGCCGCAGCGAGGUGCGGGGCACCCAGUGCGCCAUCUGCAAGGGCUUCACUUUCCAGUGCGCCAUCUGCCACGUGGCCGUGCGGGGCUCCUCCAACUUCUGCCUGACCUGCGGCCACGGAGGGCACACCAGCCACAUGAUGGAGUGGUUCCGCACCCAGGAAGUGUGUGCCACAGGCUGGAGAGCACGUUCUGAGCACAGGCAGCAGGAGCCUCCCGCCACCUGGACCCAACGCCGGUUCCAAACUGGCGUCCGUCCUGUGCGCGGCGCUGGCAUGGACAAGCACUUCCAGUCUUCCAGCAGCUGCUUGGGUGCCCCCGCUAGAAGUGGCCACGCUCCCUGUGUCACUGCUGGCACGGGACGCUGCUUGGGAAAUCCGGCUUUGCUGCUAAGGAUGCAGGACUGGUGUCUGGUGGCCAGGGUGUGUGGGAAAGUUCCUUUGGAGUCUUCCUGGCAGGACGACCUAGCACCAAAGAUCACAUCUGUGACACAGACAGUCCUCUGCACUAAGAUACGGUGCAGCUGGUUUCCAGGCAGGAGUCAUGGCCCAAGCAUGUCUCCGUCUUCACGGAGCAAAUAG